AGAUUUUUUGUAUUAUUGUCGGACAAGUGAAUCUGUUCUGGUGGUCUACAUGAUUAGCCAUAACGUAUUCAACAUGUCCCCUUUAAUUGUGUUAAUUCUGAUGUGUAUUUCGAAUAGUGUGGUGUUCGGUAGACAUGUAGAUAUCUGGAAUUUAGAAGAUCCUGACGCUUGCGAACCAGACUGUGAUAGCAAGAUAUUCUGCAUCGGCAUAGAUGACGAUGGACAAACCACAUUUCUACAUGAUGUACAGACAAGUCAUUUGUACAACGAUAGUACCACAUUCCUCAAGCUCAGAAUGAUGCAUCCGGAAUCUGUAAUUUUGAAGAACUACAACGAAGCAAAAAUGAAUGCCACGAAUAAUCAUUUAUGUAAAGAUGAGCUCAAUAAGUUCAUCCAUGAUAACUUUCAAAAUGGAAGUGUAGAUUUGAAGUCAGACGUAACCUUGCCUGAUUUUAAUGAAAAUCCUCCCAUCCUUCAGCAAGUAAAAACUCCCGAAUUUCACGAAUGGCUGGAAUAUAUGAAUCUUUUUUGGAGAAAUUUAUCAAGAAAACUAUCCGAUGGCAUUGAAAAGGAAGAAAAAUCGAUUGAAACCAGGCUCUCUUCUUAUAUCUAUGUGCCGAAUACAUUUAUUGUAGCUGGAGGUAGAUUUGAUGAAAUGUAUUACUGGGAUUCGUAUUGGGUCAUAAAAGGUUUGCUAGCAUGUGAUAUGGCCAACACUUCAAGAGGGAUAAUUGAAAACAUGAUUCAUUUGGUCCGGAAAUUCGGUUACGUACCGAAUGGAAAUAGGAUAUAUUAUUCAAAAAGAUCACAACCACCUAUGCUCAUUCAAAUGGUGGACGUUUAUUAUCAAGCGACCAAAGAUGAAAGCAUAUUCAAGGAAAAUAUUCGAGAAUUAGAAACAGAAUUUGACUGGUGGUGGAAUCAUCGAAAAGUGAUCGUGAAUAAGAAUAACAGAGCGUACCACAUGUUUAGAUAUCAUGCAGUUAGCUGUUAUCCUCGACCAGAAGCUUAUAAGGAAGAUUACGAACUUCUGGAAAAUUAUUCGCCCGAAGAUCCAGAGUUGGCGAAGGUGAUUUUCAGUGGUAUCAGAUCAGGGGCGGAAUCAGGCUGGGACUUUUCCAGUAGACAUAUGAGAAAUCCAGAAAACUCUAAAAACAUGAAAAAUGGCUUGAGGGAUAUGAAUCCUGCUCAAUUUGUCUACGUGGAACUGAACAGCAUAAUGUAUUCUAACGCAAGGUUGUUAGCUGAUUGGAAUCGUAAAAUGGGCAGGAAAAGCAAAGGUGAAAAAUACGACAAGAUGGCUGAUAAGUUUUUGGACGCAAUUGAUAAUGUACUGUGGAAUGAAGAAGAAGGAAUGUGGUUAGAUUACGAUAUUCUAGCAGGAGAAAGUAGAAAAUAUUUCUUUGCCAGUAAUUUCGCACCACUGUGGAGUAAAGCGUACAAAAAUAAUGCCACCAAAGUAAAUUUAACUCUAGUUUACUUGGAAAAAAAUGAUAUGAUAUUCAAGAACUUGACUUCUGAACAUUUUGGCUUGCCUACAAGUGGUGUCAACGAGUCUGAAUCGAAACAGCAAUGGGAUUACCCAAAUGUUUGGGCUCCUUUGCAGUCUUUCGUCAUUCGAGGGUUAAAAGAAAGCAAUAAUCCAACAGCUGAGAAAGUUGCAUUCAACAUAGCUACGUCGUUUGUGGGAACAGCAUAUCAAGCAUUUUUAAAGCGUAGUGAAUUGUAUGAAAAAUAUAAUGCAACAACCUAUGGCCAAGAGGGUCAAAAAGGAGAAUAUCCUUGUCAGACUGGUUUUGGUUGGACAAAUGGUCUCAUUUUCGAAUUAUUCGAGAUUUGGCCGUGUUUUCCAAUAAAGUUCCCAAAUAAGUAUAAUGAAUCGAAAUGCAUUUCCUGCUAAGUCCCCGAAGUAAAUUCGGAUACUGUUUGUUUAACUACGUAUGAAAGCAUAGAAUAGAUACCUACACAAUUGAAUUGACAAAUCAGAUUCUACGUGGAUAGAAGAUGACUUACCUGUUACUUGUAUAAGCACUCACCUUUCCUUCCAUGUACCAUUUGAUUUAGUAAUUGAAAAUAAAACUGUUUUACACGA